UUUUUUUGAAAAUUGCACAUUCUGAACACAGAAGGACGACACUGGAACCAACAAAUCUGGUGCUGGUCCUUUCACCAUCCUGAACUACUAGGUACCAAACAGCAGGAAGCCAACGGGAGAUUCUUUGUGUUCUCUCCAAUCUCCAUCCCUCCCAGCCCCACAGGCAUCUUGCCCGGCAACCAAGCAAGCACAACAGCUCACCUAACUCACCUAUCCAUGAUCCAUCCAUCCACCCGUCAUGCAUUCUUCCUGUCCGCCUGAUCAGGACAAGCCAUGGCGUCGUCACCAUCGCUGCAGGACCUCAUGAGCCUGUCGCCUUCCCACGACGGCUCGGCGGACUCCUCCGAGGGAAGCUGCGGCAGCGUGGUGCAGGUGGUGCCGAGGGACGUCUCCGACGAGCUCCUCGGCAAGUUCGAGGACGCCGGCGAGUUCGGCUUCGAGUACGGCAGGAGCGGCCUCUGGUCGCCGCUGGUGCUGCGGCCCGAGGUCCUCGCGAGCGCGCAGCGGGGACGAGGGAGGCGCAGCCACCGGAGCUGGAGGAGGAAGGUUGGAACAGUUUUCUGCUGCUGGUGACACAUCCGGGGCUCAUGAAUUCUGCUGUUAGUGGAGUCUGUUAAUGUAACUAUUUUUUUACUUUUAUAAUUUGGUGAAGAUAGUUUGCACUUGUAUUUGAAGAAAAUUUGCUUUGUACUUGGAAAUGUAAAGAUAGUAGUAGGAUGCUUUCCAUGUAUGUUGGUGCGUCCACAGUCCACUAGUUUAGUUUGCUCAGGAUCCUGAUAGGUAUGCAAAAUACAGCAAAAUAUAGUGCUGGAAUUAUUUCUUUUGGGGGACCAUAUUAUCAAUCUAACUUGUUUUCAUGUCA